UUUUGUUGGUUCCCAGGAGCAGGAGUGUUUCAGGAAACUUGUGUAUAUAAACUGUCUUUCACAAACCCCCGAGUCCGUCCCUUUCCACUCCACCCCGGCUGAACCGCGCCAUGAGCGACGAAACGAACGGGGUUGUACCCCAAGGGCCGCCCGAACAUUAUGCUAUCGGUAUCUCGUUUGGAAAUUCGUACAGCUCAAUUGCGCAUAUCUCAGGAGAGGGCAAAGUAGAGGUCAUUGCGAACGAAGAGGGAGACCGUCAGAUCCCAUCCAUCCUUUCUUACAUCGAGGGAGAGGAGUUUCAUGGCACGCAGGCAAAGGCGCAGUUGGUCCGCAACAGCAAGAACACGGUCGCAUUCUUUAGGGACUUUAUCGGCAAAGACUACAAGUCCAUUGAUCCCACCCCUUGCCAUGCGUCCGCACACCCCAUCGAGGAAAAGGGCGAGAUCUGCUUUACAAUUAGAGACACUGCAGACAACGAGACCGAAAACAAAGUGCCGGUUUUGGAGAUCGCUGCGCGGCAUUUGAGGCGCCUGAAGAAUUCGGCAUCUGACUUCACCGGCAGGACUAUAACGUCGGCUGUGGUCGCUGUGCCAACAGACACCAACGACGACCAAAAGGCCGCCCUGACGAAAGCCGCUGCCAACAUCCAGGUGGAAAUCCUCCAAUUCAUGCCAGAACCAAUCGCAGCCCUCCUUGCCUACGAUUCGCGGUCUUCGGACGCCAGCGCGGGUAAGAUCGUGCUUGUCGCAGACUUUGGAGGAAACCGAUCCGAUGUCGCCGUGGUGGCUUCAAGAGGAGGCAUGUACAGCAUCCUGGCGACCGCACACGACUACGAGCUGGGCGGCACGCAGUUGGACCAGGUUUUGAUUGACCACUUUGCCAAGGAAUUUGAGAAGAAGCACAAAUCUGACCCACGCAAGAACGAGCGGAGCCUGGCCAAGCUGAAGCUCGAGGCUGAAGCGGUCAAGAAGGCUCUUAGCCAGAGCAACAGCGCCACCUUCAGCGUCGAAAGCCUCGCAGACGGCGUAGAUUUCAGGUCCACAAUCAAUCGAACUCGGUAUGAAAUUCUGGCGUUGAAGACCUUCGGGCGGUUUACUAGACUGGUGGAGGAAGUGAUCAAGAAAGCCGGACUGGAUGUGUUGGAUAUCGACGAGGUCAUCAUGUCCGGCGGCACAUCUCACACACCAAAGAUUGCGAAGAACAUCGAAGCCCUGUUCCCGGAGUCAACGCAGGUUCUCGCCCCAGCAACAACGGCCACGGCACUGAACCCUUCGGAGCUCUCGGCGAGAGGCGCCGCUCUGCAGGCCUCCCUGAUCCAGGAGUUUGAGAAAGACGACAUCGAUCAAUCCACGCACGAAAUGGUGACCGUCACGCCCCACCUGUCGGCUGCGAUCGGCUAUCAAGUGACAGGCCAGCCCGUCGACGUGCUCAACGUGAUCAUCCCGCCCGACACGGCCGUGCCCGCGCGGAGAACCAAGGUCAUCGAGGGUCUCGAGGGCGAUGUGCUCUUCCGGAUCAGCGAAGGCGAACGCGAGAUCACAGUCACCCAGCCGGAGCGCCAACCGAAACCCGAAACCAACGGAACGAAAGCCGCGGACGGAGAGGAUGCUGAUGAUGAUGACGACGACGAUGAAGACGACGAAGACGACGAGCCCGAAGAAAUCCGCGACAAGGUGUGGCGGCCCAAACACGCCCUGGCCGAGUUCGUCUUCCGGGGCCUGAAGAAGGGAUCCAAGAUCGAGGUCAUGGUCAACGUCGACGCGGAGCUGGCUCUCUCCAUCGCCGCGCGGGAAAUAGGUGGCAAGGGAGGCAUUCGGGGCGAGAUCAAGGCGUCCGAGACCACGCAGCCGAACGGAAGUGCUUGAAGAUUUGUGAGUCGGGAAGGGUGUCUGAGUAGAAGAGGUUGUGUCUCGUUCCCAUUCUCCCCUUUCCUCAUCCCUCGCCUUUUGUCUUCGCCACCACCACCACCACCACUACUACCACCUCUUCCUCCUCAUCCUCCUUCGUGUUCCCAGACUUGUACGUAUUGAACCUGGCAUGGCGUCGGCGUGGAUUGCGGGGUAUCUUGUAUCCUCCUUUUUUGGCUGGCCGGCCGGCUGGCUGGGUGGCAUGGCGGCGUUGGUCAUGCCGUGCAGGCAGCUAUUGUUGUUGCACAUAGCAGCAGCAGCAGCAGCACGCAGCACGCAGCACACGACCUCGUUUCCUUGCGCCCCAAAAGACAAAAGAAUUUGCAGUCGCUGAUGAUAUAGAACAAAGCAUCUUGGUUUCUUGGAGAUCCCAAGCCCAAGAUUGAGAAUCAUGAAACUACGAUACCCAAAUGCCAUUGCCUCCGUCCUUUUCUUAUAUCCUUGCUCUAUAACUACAUACCAUUUACAUAACGCGAGGGAACAUCGGCUGCUCCAGGAGCACUACUCCGACGGCUGGAACUCUCGCUAGCGGAGUUGACCAACAUAAUUUCUUCC